GGAGGUCGUUGGCCCCUGCCACAUCUCACGGUUCAGUAGCCGACUUGGGUUGGGUGGUAUCAGUGGGUGGCCAACAGUCCCCAGUGCUCCCUACCUACCUACCUUACCUUACCUCAAGGUACCUCGUACUCCGUACACAGCAAAGGUGCCAGGCGCCCCGAGGUCCCCAACGAAAUCCAAUUCGAGCUUACUGCCGACGUCAUCCGACCCGUGGCAUCACGGGCGCGCAUUCCCUAGGGAGGUCUGCGCAUCUCGAGAGCAACCUGGGAACCGGGUGCCAGAAAGUGGUAGUCUCCCCUGGCCGAGAGUGACAGACCAGACCACCACCCCGAGGCAUCUCUACUUCCCUCCCCAACAAAUGCACCAAAAUCACCCGUCCAUCUGCAGAUUGCCUUAGCCACAUUCUACCUUAUCCGACGCUUACAUUCUCACGCAACUCUUCACGCAACCACAGCACGCUACACGUACUGCGGCGCAUUCACGUACUACCUCGAGGUACCUUGCCGUACCUUACACACCUGCCGCCACUGGAGCUUCCUCUUCAUUUCGGAGACCAAAUUCACCCCUUCCUCUCCAGGCUCGUCAGCAUUCAGCAUCGUGUCUCUCUCCCACGCAUCGUUUCCCUGAGUAGCUUCACACGUCGACUGCCUUACAACUACUCCUCUCCCUCCUGGUGUGUCGCCAUAUCAUGCGCCUAGACCCGUCAGACGACGCAGCCCGCAGACAUGGCUGAGCACCACCAACCCAGAGUUUCGUUUGGCUCCGCGCCGAGCGGCGGCGGCAGCAACACAGACAUUUACGGCUUCCCGCCCGAAAACUUCAGCACCGACGGCCUUCCCGAGUUCGACACCAAGUUCCUCAGCGACGCCGACCUCGCCGCCUUCAUACAGGCCCUCCAGGCCCCCGACCCCUUGCAGUCGCCCGACGAAACCACGUCUCUCCGGUCCCCCGGCCUCAGGAGUCAGAGCUCGCUCGACGUCACGAAGCGGGGGUCUGUGUACGAAGAUGACAGGGAGGAUCCGUCGGCCGUCGCCGCGGCGGCGGCUGCUGCUGCCGGCGACGUCACGGCUCCCGGCCCGGGGAUGUUGAAUCACACCUAUACCAAUGGCGGCGGCGUUUACAACAACGGCUCAGCGACACAGUCCAACAUGUUCAUCACGGCGCAGAACGACUGGGCGCCCGUCAACCAAAAGAUAUCAAAGAGGGGGUCUCGCCGGAGGAGGAACCGGGCCAAGGGAGCCGCCGAGGCGCUCCUGGGCACCAGGACGAAAGACGAGACGCGGGAGGGUAUUUUCUAUGCGCUCCUCAAGUGGCCGAUGCUCUUCUUCGUCGGCGCCUGGCUCGCGGGUCUCGCGCUCACGUACCUGUACACGCGGCUGUACAUCUGGGUGUACGAGCACUUUGUGACCUGGCGCGGUACGCGGGAGAGGCUAAGGCGGAGCAUGCGCCGGACGAACAACUACCGCGAUUGGGUCGUCGCGGCCAAGGAGCUCGACAGCUACCUCGACAGGCAGCGGUGGAAGGAGGAGAACGAUUUCGCGUACUACGACUCCAAGACGGUCAAGAGGGUGUGGGACCAGAUGCGCAAGUGUAGGCAGAAGGCCGAGGCGGCGGAGAACGGGGAGACGGAUGAUGAGGGAGCGCAGGCGGAUCCUAAGGCGUCAGGGAAGCCUGCUGUUGAGGAGCUUCAUGCGCUGCUGUCGGCGUGUGUGAAGAGCAACUUUGUUGGCGUUGAGAAUCCUAGGCUGUAUAGCCAGACGUAUUAUGGCACCAAGAACCUGGUGCAGAACUUUAUCGACGAAGUCGAGAGAAGCAUCAAGUUCAUCCUGAGCACGAAGCAGCUGUCCAUGGAGGAGAAGCGUUCCAUCUUCAAGGGCAUGCACGCAAACUACGGACGGACGGCCCUCUGCCUCUCGGGCGGCGCGUCCUUUGCCUACUACCACUUUGGUGUCAUCAAGGCCCUCCUCGAAGCGGACCUGCUCCCGGACGUCAUCACCGGCACCAGCGGCGGCGCCCUGGUCGCGGCCCUCGUGGCCACCCGGACAGACGACGAGCUGAGGCAGCUCCUCGUACCCGCACUCGCGCACCGCAUCACCGCCUGCCGCGAGACGUUCUGGACCUGGAUCCCGCGGUGGUGGAGGACGGGCGCCCGCUUCGACUCGGUCGACUGGGCGAAGCAGUGCAGUUGGUGGACGAGAGGGUCCAUGACCUUCCGGGAGGCGUACGAGCGCACCGGCCGCAUCCUCAACGUCUCGUGCGUGCCCGCCGACCCGCACUCGCCCACCAUCCUCUGCAACUACCUCACCAGCCCGGACUGCGUCAUCUGGUCCGCCGUGCUGGCGUCCGCCGCCGUCCCGGGCAUUCUGAAUCCUGUCGUGCUGAUGAUGAAGCAGCGCGACGGCACGUUGGUCCCGUACUCGUUCGGCCACAAGUGGAAGGACGGCAGCCUCCGGACCGAUAUCCCCAUUAAAGCCCUCAACCUGCACUUCAACGUCAACUUUACGAUUGUCAGCCAGGUCAACCCGCACAUCAACCUCUUCUUCUUCUCCUCCCGCGGCUCCGUGGGUCACCCGGUCACGCACCGCAAGGGUAAAGGCUGGCGCGGCGGGUACGUCAUGUCGGCCGUAGAACAUUACCUCAAGCUCGACAUGACGAAGUGGCUCAAGUUCAUCCGCCACGCCGAGCUCCUCCCCCGACCUCUGGGCCAGGACUGGUCGCAGCUGUUCUUGCAGACGUUCAGCGGCACAAUCACCAUCUGGCCCAAGACUGUCCCUUCGGAUUUCGUGCAUAUCCUCUCGGACCCGGACCCGCCGCGGCUGGCGCGCAUGAUUCACGAGGGUCAGCAGCGCGGGUACCCCAUUCUGAAGUUUGUCGGGAAUAGACUCAAGAUUGAGAGGUUGAUUGAGCAAGGGCGUAGGGAGACGAGGCCUUGGAUCCGUAGGGGCAGCAUCGAGACGAUUCUCAGCGAGGACGAUUUGCGGAGUCUGCUUAUUUCGGGGAAUACGGAUCUCGAGGAUGAGACUACCGACGCUGAGGGGGAGACGUUGUUGGAGAAUGAGGAUGAUAAUGAGCAGGCUAUUAUUGAUGACGAGGAUGGAGAGGGGGAGUAUGAAGAGGAAUAUGAAGAGGAUUACAAGGAGGAGUAUGAGGAUGAGGACGGGGAGGGUGAGGGUGAGGGUGAAGAGUAUAGGGGUGAGGGGAAGAUGGAUUAGGGGGUGGGGUUCUGGUGAACUAGACUGGAACAGCAUCGAAUAAAGAGAGCAUGGCAUGGGUAAGAGUGAGAAUCUGGUGGUGUUUACAUACUAGUUAAAAGAGAGGCUCUUUCCCAUCAAAAGACCUCGAGGAGGGGGGGGGGGGGUGUGUUAGAAAGUGUAGCAUAGCUUGGGCGUUGAUGGUAAAUCCUGAUCCUGACGGAAAUUACAUCCUCUUUUUGGUUCUUAUAGAUAUCGCUCACAACCUUGAGUUUGCUGAUGACCGUAGUAUAAACCAUCUUCAUAGCUCUCAUGUCACUUAAGGAGGGGUUGACCUAACAGACUAGAAUCCUUCCAGUUGUCCGCCCACG